AACAGCACAUGUGGAGCGCAGCUGCAUCCACUGAGCCCGCCGUGUUGACUACGUAGCUCUUUAUGCGGUCAGCUUUCGUGUCGUCGAUGUUGUGCCCACAGAUCGGCACCUCGGGGCAAAUGGUCGAGAUGGCGCUUAGGAGAGUGGCGCGAAACACCGAGUGACGAGGCUAUCCGGAGGUGACCAUGUGGCGCACCGAGAACGCCUGGUGCAAGGCAACAACGGUUUCCGUGCUCCUUUCGCUGGGAUUGCUGGUUUGGCUUUACCGCAGCUUUCUGCCGUACGGUUCAGGCAUCAGCCAUUUCCCUCUUCUGCCGAAGCAACGUGUCCUGCGACAACAAUCGAUCGCUUCUGACGACGCCUUUCAUGCCAGUGAUGUCACGAUAUGGUUUGUCGAAAGCUCGAAUGAAACAGAUUUGAAGGGCCGUCAGGCUUGCUCCAUUGAGUCAGCUUCGCUGCACAAUCCAAACGUGCGCGUCUUUCUGCUGACAACUGGCCAGUUAUCGCCAAACUGUGACUACUAUAAAGCAUUGUCUUCACUAGAAAACUUCGCUAGCUUAAAACUUAAUUUGACCGAUACGUUCAGCAACACCCCCCUCGAUUCCUGGCACAGGUCUCGCAACUGGACCGAGGGGCCGUACAGAAUAGAACACCUAAGCGACGGCAUCAGGUUAGCGGUCUUGUGGAAGCACGGCGGCAUCUACCUGGACCUCGACAUUAUCGUGCUUAAGGAGCUGUCGGAACUAAGCAACAGCGUCAUGUUCGAAGUCACCGGCCAACUCAGCGAACAGCGUGCUAUACUUUGAUAAAGCCCAUCCGUUCGUCGGUGAAGCGCUCAAUAGAUGUGCUGAGGAGUACGACGCUGUUCGGUGGGGAAGCUGUGGUCCGUCACUAUUAACACACAUCUACAACUCCUGGAGCAACGGAAGGAAUGUGGUCAGAUUCAGGGAACGUGACACCUUUUUUGCUGUUGGAUACGACACGUGGAUGUCAUUCUUUGAGCCGAGCAAGACCGGUUGGGUGUUUGACACCGUAUCAAAUAGUUAUGGCGUUCACCUGUGGAACAAGUUGAGUCAUGGUGUGAGAGUCGCUGUUGGCUCUGGAUCGGCGCUUGAUGUUUUGGCCAGGUUUAACUGCCCUAGUGUAUACAAAGUAAUGAAAUCUAAACAGUUUUUUUGAUGUUCACUCCAGAUUUCUUUCGUGGGACGCUUUUCUUUCUGUUUAUUUUGUUAGUCAAAGAACGCGUCACGGAAACAUACGGUUGUGUGCUAUUCUAGGGAAAAGGAAGUGCAAUUCCUGACAAAGCGGUAACCGUUAAGCCUCAAAUGCAGUCGAUAAAGAACGCAGGAAAUAAAUAGCUUGAGUGCAGUAAAUUCAAGGCGAUAGAAAAGGAGCCUAGAUAGUACCACGAGAAAGGUUCAUACAUGAAAUAGAGCAUAAAACGAAAAAUAAUAAUAUAUGAAAGGUAGGAAGUACACAAACACAUAUUACUACCAGAUAAAGCAAUGAAUCAUGCACGAUGACAUCAGCAAUAAGUUCACUAGUGAAUUAAAAGAAAAGAGGCAUGUUUCCCUUUCUUGUGUGCUUUCCAAAUGACAUAUCAGAAGAGCGUCUGAAAAAUCCUAAAUUAGGUCAUAUUCCUUCCUUGUGUAGUAUUUCAUUUUUGUAAGACAAACGUAGCGGCCAUCCUUUGAGGGCAUACUAGUUAGCAAUACAUUCACCAUGAGGCUGCUCCUGGAUAAGUUCUAAAUGCACUCUGAACAAAACAAAUAUAUUCGAAUCCUUACGUUACCGUAUGACGUUGCGUCUGGUGCCUUGUUAUAGGUUGAAAAUUUGAUUCAUGUAAAAAAUUAGAGCAGCAUUCAGGCCUCGUGUGCUUGUUGAAUUUGUCGAAAGAAUAAAAAUUUUGGGAUA